UGUGAUGUUUCAUCACAGUAACAUUGGAAAUAGAUUGGAAAGAAAUGUUUCACACCUUAAAUUACAAUUCACUUACAGCACAGUUACACUCAAUUACAGUAACAGUAAUAGCAAUUAGUUGCUUUCCAGCUCAGCAAACCUAAAUGAAUAAGUGACCAUCUCUACAUUUAGUUCACAUCCAUUCAUUUACAGUAAAAUAUCUUUAAUGGAAUACUGAUACAGAAAUGUGCUCCCUGUAAACUGGCUUUCACUGUCAUGGAUGAGGAACAUGACACACAUGAAAGUGUUUCCUCUUGUGAUUGUGAAAUGUCAAGGUACUUUGUACAUAAGCAGCAGUAAUGGUGGUGUUCAAACUGAUCUACAGUGCCAGCUAAUGGUUUCUCGCAAAAAUACUUGAUUGCUUCUCUUGUCCCAGCAGAAUGUAAGUUUCAGCAGGUCUUCCUUCAGUUCCUCUUCAAUACACCUGUAGUGUUGUGUCUCACUGCCAAAGGAGAGAUUCGAGAUGCAACUUUGCUCCUCCCUUAAUCCAUGGGAAUAGACAUCAUCUAUCUCUCAGGGGGACAUAGUCAUAUAAUUAUAAAAACAAAUAACACUGAAAGCUUACUUUGUUUCACUAUGAUCUUUCUUUGUCCACCAAAAUCAACAAAAAACAUGUUUCUUGUGUUCGCUUUAAACUCAAAUAGUCAAUUUUAAGCAAGUAAGUACAAGUGGUGGGAUAAAUAUUUGAGAAGCGAGCUUGUUAGUGUCACCGGCUCAAAUCCCCCAAACCAGCAGGAUCAACCAGCCUCUCCAGAGUUGCUGCCUCAGCUUGGUGCUAAGGAGGCCCUGAGACUGCUGUUUGCCCUGGUCUAAGUGCAGUGUGAACAGCCCCUGUGUGUAUCAGCACUUUCACCAUCGACACAGGCAUGUCACAGCUGGAAAUGCAGCCUGCAGAAGUGGGUGUGCCCAUGCAGGUAGGCAAGCCAUGUCCAAACCUGCUCACCUUGUCUGCUGCUGAAGCAAACCAGCACCACAUACCUGCAUUCGGGAUACCGGAACAUUGUCUGUCUCUCCAGUUCCCUCUGCACUUCUCUCAGCCUGUCUCUCCAUUAAGCCUGUUUAAGUGUGUCUAGAUCAAGGUGUUGUUGUUGGAAUUGCAGACAUGACGAUCACAGUGUUUAUUACCAGCGUGAGCAGUUCCAUGGAGAUAAAGAAACACCAGCAAAGAAUUUCGAUGGUCCUGGACUCCAAGAAGGUUCCGUACAAAAUUGUGGACAUUAGCAGCGAUGACGAGGGCAAGGCUUUAAUGAGGGAGAUAGCAGGGGACCAAAAAGCACUGCCGCCUCAAAUAGCCAAUGGGAGCGUCUACUGUGGGGACUAUGCUGCGUUUGAAAAUGCAGUCGAGGCAGAAGAAUUAGAGAAGUUUCUAAAACUCUAAAAGGAGUGAGGACCAGCUGUGGGACAACUCAGCCGCAUCUAGUUAAGCAAAUGAACAAAAAGCAAAUCCACAAAAGAUUAUAUUAGAAUUUAAAGAAAUGUAAAUUUGGUUUACAGUGAGGUGGAAAGGAGUUUUUGUUGUUUUGACAGUUUGUGUUGUUAAAUGAAUAAAAAUGUU